AUGGCUUCCGCUGGUGGCAUUACUUAUAGCAGCAGUAGCAGUGCUGGUACCGAUUCUGCUGAGGCUGAUGAUGGUUGGCGUAGUUCGUGGAGUGCCUGUCAUUACAAGACCUGUUUGAGCCGAAGCUCUCUGGUUGCUUGCCCCGAGCAAGUUCAGGAAUUCACCAUCAACAGCAUCAACAACCAGGGCAAUGACAAAUCAAAGAUUUUAUGGUCGAUGCCCCAACAGGGCGAAGUGACAAUCUGGACUUACGCUUCGCCUUCAAGAGAACAUGAUAGUGGUGAGUCCAUGGAGAGACACAAUGCCAUGAUGGAGUCUCUGGUUGCCAAUCAUCUAGUAUCACUAGAGACAGAACAGGAGGAUGCUGUAAAAGACAAGACUUCUUUCGACACACCAACAUCACCAAUGAAGCAGCAAGAUUCCAGUGGUGGAGUCAUGCAGUAUGUGACGUCGGCGUUGAGUCCAAUUGCGGGUUUGUUUUCUCCCAGUCGUCCCACGAUGUCUUCAUUUUACGACGAAGAGGACGAUGCCUUGAAGGAUUGGUCUGACUUUGCCAAGGCAUUGGAAGAGGAAGAAGACGAUGCCAGGCAACCUCCAAAAAUCGACAAUACUGGUACUACCAGUACAGUUGCGUGGCAAGAUCCAAUAUUGAACAUACCCCUGACAGUAGAGUGUUUCCUCUGUUUGCAAGAGGCUGUGGAACAAUCACUCCAAGCAGAGCCGACCAGGGAUCAGGGAUUUCCGCUGAUGCUUGCACGUUGGCGCUCGGCGACAAACACUACCACUGAACAUUCCGAGACACCCACAUGCUGGAUGGAUUGGGUUCAAGCCGUGGGGAACCUCAACAAUCGACAUCCACCACACACUCUAUUAACGCGUCUUUCCGAGACUCAAAUCGAUUUCCUCCUUGAUUGUCUUGUCAGUACAGGAAAAAUCACACUAAUCCACCAUGACGACGAAGAAUUAGUGGCCUUCAUGCCCAAACAACAACAACAGCAGCAAAUGUACCUUGAAUUCCUAGCUUCCUGGUACAAAAUCUCUCGCGCUGUGCAAGGUGUGGAACACCAACGGGAACAAUGGGCCCAGAAAUCUCAACAAUGGGCUCGUCGUGCGCUAGAAGAACGCCAGUCAUCAAGCAGCCAACAAGCUGGAUUGGUGUCAUUUAAAUUACACAAGCAGUACCAGAAGCACCUGGAAGAGACCGAGGGCACCUUGUUGAGUUUAGAACAGGCUCAACAUGCCAUGGAAACAUCCUGGCAUCAACAACAGCUCGUGGAUGCUUUGAAGACAUCCAAUCUGACUCUGCAGCAGCAACAACAGCAACAAAUGGGGGAGCAAGUAGGCAAUGUCAUGGAAACCUAUCGCAAUGAAUUGGAAUUGCUCGGAACCAUGCAGACUUCCUGGGCGUCUUCCGUCCACCCUAGUACCGAAUUGGAUGAAGAGGACUUGAUGGCUGAGCUGGUGGGGUUGUCCCUCCCCCAUGACGGCCAAGGCACGCUAUUUCAACAAGGGAAUCCCAACAAACAGGGACUGCUCUCAUCAACAAGUACUCCCAUGAACUCUUCCAUUUGUGUACACCCACUGGGAACAACCAAGGAGAACAUCCUGGUGGCAUCCAAGGGAGAGGAAAGAAGGGCAAAGCAGGCACUGGUGGCAGACUGA